AUGGCCGCGGCUCGAGUUCCGCUCUGGGCAAUCUGUGUGCUGCGGGUGGCGCUGGCCACCGUCUACUUCCAAGAGGAAUUUCUAGAUGGAGAGCGCUGGCGGAACCGAUGGGUGCCUUCCACUAAUGACUCCCAAUUUGGGCAUUUUAGACUCUCCUCCGGGAAUUUUUAUGGUCAUAAAGAGAAAGACAAAGGUCUGCAAACCACACAAAACAGCCGAUUCUACGCCAUCUCUGCACGGUUCAAACCAUUUAGCAAUAAGGGGAAGACUCUGAUCGUUCAGUACACAGUGAAACACGAGCAGAAGAUGGACUGCGGAGGGGGCUACAUUAAGCUGUUCCCUGCAGACGUGGAUCAGAAGAACCUGAAUGGGAAGUCCCAGUACUAUAUUAUGUUUGGACCUGAUAUUUGUGGAUUUGACAUCAAGACAGUUCAUGUUAUUUUACAUUUCAAGAAUCAGUAUCAUGCAAACAAGAAAUCAAUCAGGUGUAAGGUUGAUAGUUUUACACACCUUUACACUCUGGUUUUAAGACCAGACCUCACUUAUGAGGUGAAAAUUGAUGGUCAGUCGAUUGAAUCAGGAAGCAUCGAGUAUGACUGGCAGUUAACAUCGCUGAAGAAGAUGGAGAAGCCAUCAGCAGAGGCUGAGGGUUGGGAUCAGGCUGCCAAGGACAAAUCCCAGGACUGGGAGAAGCAUUUUCUGGACGCCAGCGCCAGCAAGCCGAGUGACUGGAACAGCGAGCUGGACGGGGACUGGCAGGCGGCCAUGCUGCAGAAGCCUCCGUACCAGGAUGGCCUGAAACCUGAGGGCAUAGACAAAGAUGUGUGGCUCCAUCAGAAGAUGAAAAACAACUAUUUGACCGAAUACGAUCUCUCAGAAUUUGAGAACAUUGGUGCCAUUGGACUGGAGCUUUGGCAGGUGAGAUCCGGAACCAUCUUUGAUAACUUCCUGAUCACAGAUGACGAAGAGUAUGCUGAGAAUUUUGGCAAGGCCACCUGGGGUGAAACCAAGGGCCCAGAAAAGGAGAUGGAUGCCAUACAGGCCAAGGAAGAAGUGAAGAAGGCCCAAGAGGAAGAUGAGGACGACAUGUUCAUGGGCAGGUUUACUGGGCGAGAAAAUAGCUUCAGAGCAUUCCACAGAAGGAACGAGUUUUAGUCAUCCCCACCCCAGAUAAAGAUGACUGGUCCUUGUUCCAACCUCCCCCCAUCCUGGUACCUGGAAACAUUUCCUCUGGACAAACCCAAGUGCUGGAGGAAGCCUGAGGCCAGUGAGACUCUGGCCAAAAACACCACACUCUCUUCUUAAUCCCCCC